AUGUUCGGGCCUGUUGCAACCUGAGUAUAAGAGCUUCAGUAUAGAUCCUGAAAUCACCAGCUUUGACAUGCUACAGCUUCUCCUUGUACAAGCCUUCCAAUUGAAAAUAGGUUUUACUAUCAGCUACCUGUCACAUGAUGACAGAGGUCAGGAGGUGUAUCUAUCCAUGUUGUCUGAUUGGGAUUUAGAUGCUGCUAUCUGUGGAGCUUCAGACCCAUGCCUUAGGCUUAAAGUGGAUGCUAAACCAUUUGAUGGUCCAGGACUCUUGGAGGACUGGGAUGUGAUAACGGGAAUGGAAGCACCUCUUCACAAUUCCCAUGAUCGUAGCCAUUCUGUACCACUAGUCGGCGCUUUUAUGGAUCAAGUUGGGAAGACCUUCAAUAGGUUUCAGAAAAUCUUCACAACCAACGAUGAUUCAAUGGAAGGGGAAAAGUAUGAAAUGCCAAUGAGACCUCUGGAUGAUCAGGAGUUCUGGUCAUUCUUGGAUCCACUUGGACGUCUUGAGAGACCACAGGAGCUACGUAUUAGGGUGUACCAGGGAGGUGUUGAAUCAUCCCUGCGCAAGGUAGUCUGGCGCCAUCUCUUGAAUAUCUAUCCUGAGGGUAUGACUGGAAAUGAGAGGCUAGACUACAUUCGAACAAAAUCAAGAGAAUAUGAGCGGUUGAGAGACAGACUUCAAAACGACCCCAGAGAGGACUUCAAAAAUAUUAAGAACAUGGUGCGUAAGGAUGUUCUACGGACUGAUCGUCUUGAGAAGUUCUAUUCUGGCGGGGAUGAAAACCCCAAUGGUAUUAAGUUGUUCAAUGUCUUGACAACCUACUCACUGGCACAUCCUGAUGUAUCAUACUGCCAAGGAAUGAGUGACCUGGCUUCACCCAUUCUCUAUGUAAUGAAUGAUGAAGCCCAGGCCUACAUUUGCUUUUGCAGUUUGAUGAAACGUCUUAAAGGUAAUUUCAUGCCCGACGGACAUGCCAUGUCUAUCAAGUUUUUGCACCUUACAGAACUCAUUCGCUGUUUGGCUCCAGACUUUUAUGAUUACCUCAAAGAACAGAAUGCAGAUGAUCUCUAUUUCUGUUAUAGGUGGCUACUUUUGGAGCUGAAGAGAGAGUUUGCAUUCCAGGAUGCAUUGAGGAUGUUGGAGAUUAUGUGGAGUUCCCUUCCUCCAGAUCCCCCAACAGAUGGUGUUACACUAAAUGGACCGAUCACUGGGAAUUCCCCUUCAGCAUAUGCAAUUGACAGGGUCCGCUUCCGCUUCUCACGUCUCAGGAGCUCAUCUAGGGACAGUCUAGGUAGUCAGAGCAGUUUGAACAAAACCCCACAGUCUGUAUCACAUGCUGAUAGCAAUUCCAAAGAACAGUUGAAAGAGGAAGAUCCAAGCAGGGUGAGUGAAACACUCAGGGAAGUAGAUGAUGAGGAAACAGAUAGUAACAAGAACGAAGAACAGUGCCAAGAAAAAGAAUCAUGUGCUACCAAAUCGGAGCCUGCAGAAAAGAAAUCUAAAUCAUCAAAAGCCAAAAAGUAUAGAACUGAGUUGCACAUUUCUAUUGAAAAGGAAGACCUAUCCGGGAGAAAUACUAAUGAAGGGAUAUCAAAUCAUAGAGGACAGGGUGAAGAAAGCAAAACCAACAACAAUGCAAAGAGCCAUCCAACUAGCCUAGCAUUCUAUCAGAAAUCAAGUGAUGAUAUGACCUCUCCUGGAAGUGAAACCUCUCCUCUCCUAAAUUCCUUACCGAAGUCACCUCCCAAAUCUCCCCAGAGACCCCACCCCAUGUCACCACUAAAAUUCCCCCGUCAGUCUCCAUCUUCCCCCUCCCGUAGCCCUUACAGAGGCUUGCCCCCUCCUCAAGACUUUGGUGGAGGGAACCCCUUCAUGAUGUUUGUCUGUGCUGCUUUGCUCCUUGGUCACAGUCGCAGGAUCAUGGCCAAUAAAAUGGACUAUAAUGAAAUGGCCAUGCUGUUUGACAGGAUGGUACGCAAGCAUCACCUGAGCAAGGUAUUGCAUCAUGCUAGAGCCUUGUACCUGGAGUAUCUACAAUCUGAAGCAGCUAGGCCACAGGUCCAGGUUGUAGGGACCAAAGCAGCUGGGAAGGAUGGACCAAGUGGUAUGUCAGGUCUUAAUGGCUCUGCUGCUGCAACAAUCCAAGGCUCUUGUUAAUGUAAUCAAUAAAGUCUCACCCAAACUGCCUAGUAAAUUGUUGAAAUGUUAAUGUAAGUUUAUUCCCUUUUGUUUUUAGUAUUUAAGGUCACUCUUGUGAAUAUGCAUGAAUGAAGAAGCAUGUCAUGCAGGCACUCUGAUUGAAAUUUGUGCAGUAACAACUGUAGUAAACAUAAACAGUAAAGUAAUGAGGUUGACUUCCAUUCAAGUAUA